AUUUGAAUGUUGAAAUAGGAGCACAGGUAUAGUUAGUAAACCCGUGGGAGCGGCAGGCGUAGGCCAGCCGCCAGUCUCCGUCAGCUGAGCUCCGCCAUCACGAUGCAAGCCACCGUCUUGUGCAGGGUUUCCAGGGUGACCCGCGCCGCCAGGACCCAGCUGGGCCUGGGCUCUGGGCCAACAGGAGCCUUAGCAACUGUGUGUCAGCGCCGCCAUGCUUCACACGAGGCGGACCUGGUGGUGAUUGGCUCCGGCCCUGGUGGCUAUGUGGCAGCUAUCAAGGCUGCUCAGCUGGGCAUGAAGACUGUGUGUGUGGAGAAGAAUCCGACAUAUGGAGGAACUUGCCUCAAUGUGGGCUGCAUCCCCUCCAAGGCACUGCUCAACAACUCCCACUAUUACCACAUGGCCAAGAGCAAAGACUUUGCAGAACGUGGCAUAGAGGUGGAAAAUGUAAGAGUGAACCUGGAUAAGCUAAUGGCUUCCAAGAACAAGGCAGUGACGGCACUCACUGGAGGUAUUGCCCACCUCUUCAAAAACAACAAGGUCCUCGGUCUCAAGGGUCAUGGAAAGAUCACCAGCCCCACAGAGGUCACAGUUAUGAAGGAGGAUGGUGAGAAUGAUACAGUGCGUGCCAAGAACAUCCUCAUUGCCACAGGGUCUGAGGUGACACCCUUCCCAGGCAUCGAGGUGGAUGAGGAGACUGUUGUGUCAUCCACUGGGGCCCUCAAGCUGUCACGUGUCCCUGACCACAUGGUGUUGAUUGGAGCUGGUGUCAUUGGCCUUGAGUUGGGUUCUGUGUGGUCUCGUCUUGGAGCCAAAGUAACAGCAGUGGAGUUCCUAGACUCAGUUGGUGGAUUGGGCAUCGAUGGGGAGAUCUCAAAGAACUUCCAGCGCAUCCUCACCAAGCAGGGCAUAAAAUUCAAGCUGAGCACAAAGGUCUUAAGUGCCUCCAAGGAAGGAAGCACCAUCAAGGUUGCUGUAGAGGGAGUGAAGAAUAACAAGAAAGAGGAGCUGGAGUGUGACACACUCUUGGUGUGUGUCGGCCGCCGCCCCUACACUUCCAACUUGGGCCUGGAGGAGCUGGGCAUUGAGAAAGAUGCCAAGGGUAGGAUCCCUGUGAACUCAAGAUUCCAGACUGUGAUUCCCAACAUCUUUGCCAUUGGGGAUUGCAUCCAUGGCCCCAUGCUGGCUCACAAGGCUGAGGAUGAGGGCAUAGUGUGUGUUGAGGGUAUUGCUGGAGGUCCUGUCCACAUCGACUACAACUGUGUACCUUCAGUGAUCUACACACAUCCUGAAGUGGCCUGGGUUGGCAAGACUGAAGAGGAUCUGAAAGCUGAAGGGGUGGAGUACACAGUUGGCAAGUUCCCCUUCGCUGCCAAUUCUAGGGCCAAGUGCAACAAUGACACUGAUGGACUGGUGAAGGUCCUUGCCGACAAGCACACUGAUCGUCUUCUUGGCGCACAUCUUAUUGGACCGGCUGCUGGUGAGCUGAUCAACGAGGCUGCACUGGCCAUGGAGUACGGGGCAAGCUGUGAGGAUGUUGCGCGAGUCUGCCACGCCCAUCCCACCUGCUCUGAAGCGUUCCGUGAAGCUAACUUGGCAGCGUACUUUGGAAAGCCCAUCAACUUCUAAAUCCCAGGGUGUUUUUUUUCCUUGACCCAAGUUUAUCAAUUACCAGUAUGUCCAUGUCAUAGCUUUGCACAGUAACAUUUCUUUUUUGUAGUAUGAGGUGGGUUCUUAAUGUGUUAUCCACUGCUGUACAAGCAUUCGCCUUAGUAAUAUGGUGGUGAAUACACACACACACACACACACACACACACACACACACACACACACACACACACACACACACACACACACACACACACUUUUCAUGGGUUGUUUGUUAAUGAAGGUCCCUGUAUCAGGUGCAUUAGUGGUAUCUUGAGGGGAGAGAUUUUUGAUGUGUAUACUAUGUUUGCAUUAUUCUUUUCCCCUCACUAAAAUUUGUGAUGAGCACUAUACUGUAAUGAGUGCUGCCUCACAGCAGUCCUGAAAAAAUAUAGUGCAGCCAGUCAUCUAAGUAUUUAUUAAUAGGUGAGCCACAACACAUCUAAAAUGCAUUAUACUCAUUGUUUUAUCUGUCAUGAAAGUUGCAGUAAUUUAUCAGGAGGUUAAGUCAGAAACUUAUUAGCUGCCACAUCAAAAGUUCUAAAGAAUUAAUUUAAGUGGCUACUUUUAAAAAUUUUUGAGGUUUUUAUGUAGACCAUCAUUUGAUAAAACUUGGUGAUGCAGUAUGGAAAGGAUUGAGAUGUCCAUCAGAGCAGUUGGAACUCACUCCCUAUGUACAUAUUUGUGAAUAUUUAUGAACAAUACAACACAAAAAAAUUUUUUGUUAAGUUAUCCUUCAUGGAGAUUUAAUUUCUAAGUAAACCAAAUUGUAUACAA